AUGCCGUCCUUUCUCGACAGGGCAACCGCCGCCGCCAAGAACCUGUCUACUGCCUCGAUCCAGAGCCCAGUUAGUCUGGAUGAUGUGACAAAAAGGCUCGGAAUAUCAAAUAUUUCAGAAACGGUUUCGGCAUGGAGAGGAACAGACGAGCAGGAAAACCAAACUCGUUAUUCGAGCUCCUCACCCAUCUCCGACGGGAACAAUGUCAAAUUUCACGUUGAUGGGUGCGCCUAUUUCUGGGCCGUCUCGGAGGCGCUGCUGACUGUGAAAGAGUCGGUUUGGAUUCUUGGAUGGUGGGUGUCUCCGGAAGUCUACCUGAGGCGGCCUCCAUCGGAAAAUGAACAGUAUCGACUGGACCGCAUGCUGCUGGCUGCAGCGGAGCGUGGUGUCAAGGUGAAUGUGGUGGUCUUCAAGGAGGUUCCUCAGGUGAUGUAUCUAUCUUCAAAACACACCAAGCGCGCACUGGAGGCGUUGCACCCGAACAUCUCAGUUUUCCGAUACCCCGAUCUCAUCCAAGGAGCGCAGGGAGUCAUAUCUUCGACUAAAGGCCUGCUCCAAAGUAUCACUGCGUCCGGGGUUUCGGGCCUUGGGAAGAUCUCAGAUGAGACGCUCCAGACCAUGUUUGGUAUCGCAGGCGGACCGACCCUGCUCUGGGCUCACCAUGAGAAACUCGUCAUUUGCGACCAGAAGAUCGCCUUUCUUGGUGGCAUUGACUUGUCCUAUGGGCGAUGGGACACCAUCCAACAUCCCAUUGCAGAUGCCCACCCUGGAAACCUCGAUGAUAUUGUGUUCCCCGGUCAAGACUACAACAACGCUCGUGUCAUGGAUUUCAAGAACCUGGAUCGAUGGGAACACAAUAAACUCAGUCGCUUGACUACCUCCCGUAUGGGCUGGCAAGAUAUCUCGGUCAGUUUGACGGGUCCUGCCGUCGCCGAAAUCAGUCGUCAUUUUGUCGAGCGCUGGAACUUCAUUCACAACCUAAAAUACAACGCUCGUUUGCCCGGCUUUCGGACUUACGAGGCCCUGCCACCGGCGAAGCCUUCGGCCACUCCUUCUGAGCUACCCAAGGGAUCAGUUUCUUGUCAGCUGGUCCGGAGUGUUAAUCGGUGGAGCGAUGGGAUAUCAACCGAAAACAGCAUCUACAACGCGUACAUCGACAUCAUCGAGAAGAGCGAGCAUUUUGUCUAUCUAGAGCAACAGUUUUUCAUCACCUCAACCGGAACAUGGCUGGGUACCGUGUGGAACCGCGUGGGAGAAGCAUUGGUGGCACGAAUUCUGCGAGCAGCCCGCGAGGGGAAACGGUACAAGGUUAUAGUCGUGAUGCCAGCGGUCCCGGCGUUCCCGGGCGAUUUGCAGGCACUAGUAUCGGGCCACCCGCCCCGUGCGAUCAUGAAGCUUCAGUACAAGUCUAUCAACCGGGGAGGGUUCAGUAUCAUGGACAAGAUCAAAAGAGCUGGUGUCAACCCGGAAGAGUACAUUCGCUUCUAUAAUCUGCGGAGCUACGACCGGAUCAACGAGAGCGGGGUGUUGCAGCAAGCCACCGAGGCGAGCCAUGUGGACUACAAUGCUGCCAGCCAGGAGCACGACGACAUGGUUGAUCCAUUCGGCCUUCGCGCCCAGAAUGAGAUCGGCGAAUUCGAAGCAACUGAAAUAACGGCCGAUCAUAAAGCGUACCGUGAUUACCAGAAGGCGUCCACUGGCCACAGUAGCGACUGGGAUACCGUGAGCUCCUGCUACAUGCUCGGUGGAGAGGACAUUCGGAACGUUCCGUGGCCCGCUGGAGGCUCUGUUCCGGAGAUUGACGCUUUUGUCAGUGAGGAACUCUACGUGCACUCCAAGGUCCUGAUAGCCGAUGAUCGCGUAGUCGUCUGUGGUUCAGCCAAUCUGAACGACCGCUCGCUCAAGGGAAGUCGGGACUCAGAGAUCGCGCUCGUCAUCGAGGAUCAGACCUCCUUGGACACGACGAUGAAUAAUCAACUCUACCAAGCUAGUAGAUUCGCUGCCACUCUAAGACGAUAUCUCUUCCGCAAGCAUCUCGGCCUGUUGCGGCCGCAAGACAUGCGCAAGCCUGAUAGCCAUUUCCUGCCAGCCCCGGUACCCAUUGACUACGACUACGGCUCAGCUGAAGAUCAGCUUGUCGCGGACCCCCUGAGCGACGAGUUCCUGGAAUUGUGGAAUGGGCUAGCAAACGCGAACACCCUGGCGUUCCGGAAGGUAUUCGCGCCCAUGCCGGACGACACGGCCAAGACCUGGUUCCAAUACCAGACCCUCUUCUGGAAACGCUACCUCGGUCCAGAUGGGUUGCACAUGGCGAAAUGGGGGCAUGUUCAGAAGAGCAAUUUCUCUAGCGGCGAGGAAGGGGCCAAGGAGGUUAAGGAGGAGUUGUCCAAGAUCCGAGGCACUUUGGUGGAGAUGCCGUUGGAGUUCUUGAUCAAUACCGAUAUUCAGAUCGAGGAUCCUGGAUACAAUAUCAUCACGAGGCAGGGGUAUGUGUAA